AUGGCGCGCAGUGGCCGCCAGGCAUUAUUUUUUCCCAAGGUAGAUGAAGCGAUCCUGACAUCAAAACACCCGCCUCCACUUUCGCGGCCACAGACGAUCGCGCCGAUCUUUGAUCGUAAGAAUUUUGAUCGACCAAUCAGAUCAUGGUCUUCGAACAUCGCGAAGACAUUUUAUCCUGAAUCGGAGGCCUAUGGGCCCUCCUUGGCCCCGGAAAAGCCUCUUAGCUUCACCGAUAGAUAUUUACGUGCUUUCCUUGCUGAUAACGAGAGACUCAGGCUCUCCGUCCUUUGGUACUAUACUCGCGAUGUCCUCAAGGAAGCAGAAUUCCUCUCUGGGCUACAAGAAAAAGCAUAUCUUGCCCAAGAAUCCUUAGGAUGGGAAUUCGCUGUUAUCGGAAUUCUUGAUUUGGAUGUCUAUAUACGUUUGGCCACAGUUGGGCUUGAGCUGGGCAUUCUUCCACGAGGUGAAACUAUUUGCGCCCAUACAGUUACUCAACCACCUGGGAACGUGUUCCUGUUACCAGACCUCAUGGAAGACUGGAGAUUCCAAGAGUGUCCUUAUCUCGAGAGUGGUGGACUGAAAGCCUAUGCCGGCGUUCCACUUCGAAUACAAACGGAAUCUGGUGAAUCUGUUUCCCUCGGAUCACUUUGCGUGGCAUCGAGCAAGAGUGAGCAGCCUAUUUCAAAAACCCAGCAUCAAACGCUAGUUCAGUUAGGCGAUUGGGUUAUCUCUGAUCUUGUGCAAUGCACAAGAGCCAGACGCCAGCGAGAGCGGCGUCGUAUGUCUGAGUUGAUCACAGUAGUCCAGAAAACAGCAAAUGAUACAGGCUCUGCGGAACCUGUCUUGGAUAUUUUGAGAACUGUAUAUCCCGAUGCAAUAAUUUGCUUGCAGCAAUCUAGCACAACUCAUGUCGAACUCAACGGAUCGUAUUCUGUUUUGGUCGCUGAUCUUCAGGAUAGUAUAUGGGAAGACGUCGAAUAUAUUGAUGAAUUCAUUGCAAACUCAAACCACCUUGCGACUCCAUCUGACAGACCUGUGCGCAUUCUUUCUGCCGAGUGCGAAAGCAUAUCUGGAUCUUCUCUACUUGUUCUGGCAUCGAACGAUUUUCAUCUUGUGUUCGAUGAUGUCGAUCUAUGGUUUGUUCGAACCUGUGCCGAUGUGAUUUCCCAGGUAUGGCGCCAGAGUCUUUUGACAGAGGCAUUAAAAGCAAAAGACAAAUUCUUGCGAGCAUUCUCGCAUCAACUUCGAACUCCAGUACAUGGAAUUCUGGGCUCCGUGGAACUUCUGGGAGAGGAACUCAAGUCGCGGAUUCUCAACAGAAAUACAGCCUCGACCUCUGUUGUCGAGAAGAAUACGUCUACAAUUAAUCACAGCGAGCCUUUUACCUACCUAAAUAUGAUUAAGAUGGCAGGCCAAGAUCUCACAUCAAUGAUCAACAACUUGGUUAGUCUGAAUAAGUGGUCCGAUAUUGCCUUGGCAGAACGACACUAUGGCAUGCAUACUUUUAACGAUCUCGAGGCAGAGUUGGAAAGCGAAAUUAGCAAGUUCAUACUGUGUGACUCACGGUACACGACACCAGUGUUCUUCACUCACAAUCUAUCAUCACCAUGCACGUCCUUCCGCACUGACCUUCGACUGCUCAAAGACACUCUACUUCCACUGCUCAUCAACGCGAUUCAACACACGUCAGAAGGUACUGUAUCGGUUACCACAUCAAUGGACUCUGACUACAAACAAGUCAUUGUUGACAUCGAAGACACUGGCUGUGGUAUCCACCAUGAUUAUCAGAAGCGUAUCUUUGAAGCUUUCGAGAAAGUUGAUUCGCAUUCGGCAAGUGCUGGACUUGGUCUUACACUUGCAUUGAAAUUUGCAUCACUUAUUAACGGCUCAAUUGAUUUGAUUUCUUCGGAAGUUGGCCGUGGCUCUCAUUUCAGGGUCACAUUCAACGUGCUUGAGUGCGAUUGUCUUUCGACGCCUCCUCAGUCGCUACCUGCACGGCUCAGUCUGUUGCCUUCUCAAUUCUUCACGAUGAAGGGAGAUCAGGAUAACGUAUCACUGAUAAAUCCCUUCGAGUCUUUCCUAAGAAAGAACGAUUUCAUUAAAUCAGAUAGUAUAGAAGACUGCUUGGUUAUUUUUGAAGCCGCGUCCGAUCUCGAACAGCACCGUGCAAACCUGUCCCGAAUCCCCGCCGGACAAGUUGGCAUAUGCCUCGUUGCAGAUCCAGAGCAACAGUAUGACCUCGAACAGCCAACGAGCAACAUUAUCUAUCUCAACAGCCCUUUUACAACUUCAACACUUCUUUCAGCCCUCGAGAGCGCACAGAAUUUUUUCAUAACAAGGCAUUCCGUGUCACCUUUACUACAACCUCCCUCAGAAGAUACCUCCCCUACACAAUCAAUCGACCACCAAAUUACAUAUACGGACGAAAAAUUCCAAUCGCAUGAAUUGAAUUCCAGGCCAAAUGGCUCAAGUUCAAAUAUGACUGUAUCGCGCACAUCACAACCCGAUGUAUCUAUCCCUGUGGACCUGAAAAUAACCGUGCGAUCACUCUCAAUUUCUUCUCGGCCCUUGACUUUAAUUGUCGAUGACAACGUGUUGAAUCUCCGCGUCAUGGAGAAAUACUGCAAACGAAGAGGAUUGCCAUAUCUUUCCGCAACUGACGGCUCAAAAGCCGUUGAUAUUUUCACUCAGCAUCAAUCGCGAUCCGCUGCAGGCGACGAAAGCGCGAUCGAACUAGUAUUGAUGGACCUGCAAAUGCCAGUGUGCGGGGGCAUUGAAGCAAUCCGGCAAAUUCGGCCGCUGGAGCAGCAAAGAAAAUACGCAAAGAGCUCUAUCUUUGUCAUGACUGGCCAAGAUAGUGUGGCGGACAGAAACGCUGCAGAUGAAGCCGGAGCCGACGAAUACUUUGUGAAACCGGUCAUCCUCACGCAGCUCGAUCGCCUUAUCCAGCAAUAUUUUCCUGCCUUCAAGUCACAUUAG